CGGCUGCCGAGUGGUUCAGUCCGGAGCGUCAGACUGCACGCGGUAGUUUGUUUCCACAGAGCUGGAAAAUGAGUAACAUCUACAUCCAGGAGCCGCCUACCAACGGCAAGGUUUUGCUGAAAACAACAGCUGGGGAUAUCGAUAUUGAGUUGUGGUCAAAGGAAGCACCAAGAGCUUGCCGAAACUUUGUUCAACUUUGUCUGGAAGGUUAUUAUGAUAACACAAUAUUCCACAGAGUUGUGCCUGACUUCAUUAUUCAAGGGGGAGAUCCAACAGGCACCGGGACAGGGGGCGAAUCAGUAUAUGGAAAACCAUUCAGGGAUGAAUUCCACACACGUCUGCGAUUUAUUCGGAGAGGGCUGGUUGCCAUGGCGAAUGCUGGACCUCAUGACAAUGGCAGCCAAUUUUUCUUUACACUUGGCCGUGCUGAUGAGCUUAAUAACAAACAUACUAUAUUUGGGAAGGUCACUGGAGACACAAUUUACAAUCUGCUAAGACUGACAGAAGUGGACAUUGGUGAAGACGAAAGGCCAGUUAAUCCACACAAGAUAAAGACCGGUGAGGUCUUAUUUAAUCCAUUUGAUGACAUUGUACCACGAGUAACAAAGAAGCUGAAAAAAGAGAAACAGGAGGAGGAGUCAAAGCAGGCAAAGGUGAAAGGCACCAAAAAUUUUAGUUUGCUCUCUUUUGGAGAAGAAGCUGAGGAGGAAGAGGAGGAGGUGAAUAGAGUCCGUGAGACCAUGAAGGGAAAGAGUAAAAGUAGCCAUGAUCUUUUAAAGGAUGACCCACGGCUAAGUUCUGUUCCAGCAAUUGAAAGCUCAAAUGCUUCCACAAAGUCCAACAGUGAAAGUGAUGAGGAGGGCACGAGUGAUGAAGAGGAAGUGGAUAGUGAUGAGAAGCAUCAGAUGAGAAAUCGCGUUUCCAACAAAUUGAAAAAAGACUCCAGUAAAAACGAAAACCCAUCAGUGAAAGCCGCUGAGGAUCAGCCAGAGAAGAGUAGUCGCAGUGAAGAACUACGAAAAGAAGCACGUCAGCUGAAACGGGAACUAAAUGCAGCCAAAAGAAAAAAGGAAGAUGAAGCAAAAGAGACUCAAAGCGCAAAUGAUGCCAAAGAAGCUGAAAGAACUGUGGCUAAUAGCGCUCUGGACGAAUAUCUCAAGGGGAAGGAAAAAUAUGAAGACUGCAAGAAAAAGAAUGCAGUGAAAGGCUCAUCCAGAGAGCAACAGACACUGGCUCUUCUGGACCAGUUUAAGUCGAAGCUCACCCAAGCAAUUUCUGAACCAUCCAAAGAAAAAAUAGUGUCUGAUAUAGAAGAAGAUGAUGACAAGGGAUGGAUGUCUCAUGUACUCCAGUUUGAUGAGAAGAGUCAGAAGGUAAAAGAUGCCAACAUUCAAGAUGAGGACACGUUUGAGAUUUACGAUCCAAGGAACCCAGUGAAUAAGAGGAGACGAGAGGAAAGUAAAAAGCUGAUGAAGCAGAAAAAGGAAAGAAGAUAAAUAAUUGAAUUCAGAUUAUGGCCACAACAUAAUUACCUCUGUUGAAUUA